AUGGAGUUUACCACCCGCUUUGGGCUGCAUUCCCAAGCAACCCGACUCCGAGAAGCCCCGGGCCCGGCGCGCCGGGGGGCCGCUACCGGCCUCACACCGUCCGCGGGCUGCGGCCUCGAUCACAAGGACUUGGGUCCCCCGAGAGCGCCGCCGGGGAUUGGGGCUUCUGUCGCAAGCCCAAAGCUCGGCGCCGCCGGCGCGCGCCGACGGCCGCCUUCUCGCUGCCGCGCCUCUCCCGCGCCCCCCGCCGCCGGGGAACGCCGGGAGAACGCGCCGAGAGAGCCCCCAUCCCGGAGACGAGAACCGAAAAGGCACGCGCACGCACGCGGCACGAGCGGCAGAGACGGCCCCGCGCGGGAGGACCGGCCGGGCGGCGGCGGCGCGCGACGGCCUUUCGCGGGGGAGAGCGAGGACUGCGACGGCGCCCCUCGGCGCCCCGAGACCGCGCCGGGAGGACGGCGGGAGGAGGAGGAGGAGGAGGAGGAGGGCGGGCCAAGGGGAGGAGGGGGUCGAACCCCCGUCCCCGGCGCUCUCGCCUCGCGCGCGCGCGGCAGCACGGCACGGUACCGCCGCGGUACCCACCCGCAGACAGCCGCCCGCUCGGGGUGGAAGGCCGGGGGCGAGGCCCGCGCCUCGCCCUCCCUUUUCUCGCCCUUUCUCUCUCGCUCGCUCUCUCUCUCGCCUUUCUCUCGGCCCUCGCCGGCGCUUUCGACGCCGUCUCUCGCUCUCCCCCGCCGCCGCCGCCGCCGCAUCCGCGGCGCGCCCCGGCGAGGACGAGCUCCGCCCCAGCGGCUCGCUCCGGGAGCGGGAGCUACGGAGCGCUCCCCGAGUCUGCAUUUAGGGGACGAAGGCCCUGUGCGGCGACGGCCGUCGACCGGCGGCCGCGACGACGACGACGGCGACGCGCGCCGGGCCGCAGAGUUGUCUGGCUUUCGGGCGCCGCUCGCCGCCGACGGCCCCUUUUUGCCGCUCGCGCCAAGGCCGCGCGGGCGCGCGCCUGGCUUCGACCGUACGAGCACACGCAACACUGAGAAACGGGAGAAACCCACGCUCCGAAGGACUGCCGAGAGGGCGGGGGAGCCCGCGCCCCCGACCGCCUCCCCCCCCGCGAGGGGAGACGCCGACCUCACGUGCCGUCUUUCGGAGGCGGCCCAGGCGCCCGGGCUCGGCCCGGCCUCCGCGCGGAGGGCCGGGCGGCGCGCGCCGGCACGCGGGGGGGCACGGCGGCCCGCCCGCUCUCGCUUUCACGGGAACGACACGACACACGGCUCGGCAACGCGGCCGGGGGCGCGGCCGUCGGCCCCCGCGCACGCCGGCUCCCCCGGCGGCCGCCCCCGCCGCGGGGGCUCGCGGAGCGCCGCCGCGCCGCCGCGCGGCCGGCUUCCCUUUCUCUCUCUCCCAGCGGCCUUUCGCCCGCUCGAGACGGCGCGCGGCGACGACCGUGCCGCCGGCGCGCCUCCCCCCGGCGGGGCCCGCUCCGCCAGGCGGGCCAGCGUCGGCGGACCGCUCCGCCGCCGGCCCCGGAGGCGGACGCCACGAGAGCCGAGCCGGCGUUCGCCAGCGCCCGAGGCCUGCCGGACGGCAGACCCCGCCGCCGCCGCCGGGGCCGCGCUCCGGCACCGCCGCCGCCGCCUCCCACCGCCGUGGCCCCCUUCGCCUCGGCACGCGCCCGGCGGAAGGCGUACGGCGCUGAGCCGGGGGGCAACGCCCGCUCUCCUCGUUUUCACGCGGAGACCGGGCGGGGGAAGCGCCCCCGCGGCCGCCCGCACGCCUUCCUUCGGCCCACGCGCGGCCGAGAAGGGCGACGGGGGACGCGACGUGCGGGGCCCGGGACGGGACGCCGCCGGCCGCGCGGGCGCCCUCCGGCCGACCGUCCCCCGCAGGGAAGAGGGGGACACCCGUCGAGCGGCGCCGCCGCCGCUCGGCACGGGGUCGCCCGCGCUCGCGGGCCUCCGCCGACGGAGGGCCCGCGGCGCUCGCCCCCCGGGCGGGCGGCGAUCGAGCGGGGGGGGACGGCCGGCGGACGGCGCCGCCGGCGCGGCCUUCGAGGAGGAAAGGCCGUGA